CGUGAAGUCCGAUGCGGUUCCAUGCGGUCAGCACGUACUAGGCUACGCCAUGAUGAGCCAGAGAUGAGAGGACGACAGCUGAUAGUACAGCAUGCUACGGCAUGCCGCCAUGAUGAUCUAAGUCUGGCUCAGUGAAGCCGCUGCUCAGCCGCUGCUGCUGCUGCUGCUGCUGUGAAGGAAGUUACCAAGGGAGGGGCUGGUGAACAGCAGCAAGGAAGAUGAGAUGCUUUCCUACCACCGAGUGGAAGCACAACCCAUUAAGCGCCCGCGAGCAUGGUGCCCAUGCCAGUGUGGAGGAAGACUGGCUCCUGACAGAGCAGCUGCAAGGGAAGAGGAAGACAUACGCGUCGUCCUAUGACGCCUCCUUCAUCUUCGAACAACUUUGGAAGAAGAGGUUUUACGAUCACAAGGGAAGGAAGAUCCUACCGAGGAGCUGUCCGGAAGUGAGGAUUCCUGAUACUGUGAUCUUUAGAGGAGGAUUUCCUGUGCAGUGGUACUUCCAUUCCAAAGUGGACGGGAGGUUAUUGAGGAAAAGGGUGGAGUCGAUCACGGCACCGAGCAUCCUUGAGGUGUUUCUUGAUGGGGGGCAGGAGGAGAGCAGUAUAGUUGCGCAGUUUAUAGGGAUGCACAAGAAGAACAACAAGGUCAUCAACAACAUCGUUUACUUCGACAGCAAGAGCUUGCAGAAAUUCCUGUUGGGGGAGAGCUAUGCGAUCGACGGCUUCUUGCAGAGGUUUGUGGAUGUUGAGCAGGAGAUGUUCGACUUCCCCCAUCACAACGUGACGAUCUAUAGCACCUGGUCUCAGUAUGCCUGCAAGGCAGAGCACAGAGUGAGCAAGGUGAGGAUGGACUCUGGCAAGCACCGCAUGACAGAGAAGUUGGACAUCAGUCCCACCAAGGUUGACGUCGAGCCCAUUUCCAGCAGCACACGGUUACACAAGAAGAUCGCGCGGCUGUGCCAUGUCAUCGCCGACCACAUCCGAGCAACUUCGAACGACAGCACUGAGGUCACCAACAUGACUUGCUACUUCAAGAUCGGAGCUCGCAAGAGGCUCUGGCUCCUUUGGGUCAGUUCCAUCGCGGUCGGCGCCAAGUUCCAGGACGCGUUCGGGUACAUACAGUCCCUCAAGACUUUCACAGGAAGACACUCGCCCGAGCUCGUGUGCUCUGAGUUCGUUGGCGCGAUCGACUACCGCGCCAUUCACGAGAGCAAGCCGGAGGCGAUAUCCUCCUGCGCGCUGUGCAACGUGACGCAGGAGGAGAACAACGACUGUGCCUCGUACGCGAUCUCAUACCAGAUGCUGUCCAAGUACGUCCAGAGGCAGCGGGAGAAGUGGAUGGAGGAGAACCAGGAGCUGAGCAUCAGCUCUCAGGUGGAGGAGGAAUGGGGUCAUGGAGACGCUCUGCUUGCCAACGUGAGGGUGCGAGCGAAGACGAUCUUCACUUGCCUCAACGUCCUCUCGUCCAAGAGCAUGGAGGAGUCCCAGCUCUGGUGGGGCCUCUUCGACCUCGGGUUUGAGCAGGCCGAGGUGGAGAUGCUCUUCCAGCAGGUCGCUGAGCUGAGAAGGGAGAGAGGAGACAGACCGCCCCUCGGCAGCCAUGGCGAUACUGGAGGAGAGGGCAGGAGCAGCGCUGCUCUCGUGUCCUUGGACGAAUUCGAGCAUGCGCUGUCCAAGCUCGUCUUCUCGCUACCCAAGGAGCGAGGGCUCGUCCUAACCCGCAGCGCAGAUAAGAGGCUGGAGAUCGAUGGGAUGGACGACACUGCCCAGAGCGUCGGCUCGUCGGAGGACGGGAGCAAGGUCGGGGCCCACAGGAAGGAUGCUUCAAGGGCGGAGGCCAGGAAGCAGGACCAGCGCGCCCUCGUGCGGAACCUGCCGAACCUGGCGAUGCGGCUGAGGGGUCGCAUCAGUUUCAGCGACCUGCGGAAGAUCCUCUACUCGAGCUCGCUCGACAGCGACGCCGGCGCCAAGAAGAUCUGGGUGUGCAGGAGCUGCGCCAUGGCGUUCAACAAGGACGCGCGGGAGAUGUUCGAGUGGAGCGAGGCUGUGCAUGGGGAGAGGCUGCGAGUGCAGGCCAAGAGAAAGUUCAAGAUGCUACAGCAGCUCGACGAGCUGACGGACGCCCGUCUGCCGCACAGCUACCCCCUCCGAGAGCUCCCUGCCCUCUGCACCCCCCGCAUGUACGAGGCUCUGCACUCGCACGCUUCCAGGGCGAGCAGGCCGGCGAUCCCGCGAGGCGAUACGGGAAGGAGCCUGUGGAGACAGAGGACUAGCGAGUCAAGCAAAACCGAUCAAUCCAGAGGACUGCCAGCCAUCGGGUUGUCGGCUCAGGAUGUGAAUCGCAUGAAGACUUCGGAGCUGGAAGACAUCAUGAACAAGCUCGGGUUGACCCCUCGUCGGCCGCAGCCGCUUGAGAGGAAACCGACGCUGAAACAGUCGAGAAGUAUGAAACUUUUUCUUGAUGCAUGAAGAAAAAUUCUUGCG